UACUGUUUCCUUAAGAUGGAACCAAAAUGGAGUAGAUACAAUGAAAACAGCAGAGCUGGAGCUGAACCCCUCGUCAAAGGAGGCGCAAAUGGCAGUAAUGCCGUGGUGUUAUGGCAGAGCCAGCGACUGGUACUAGGCACGAGUCAACAGAGUCCAGGGUGCACCACGACGGAAUCAGCCGUCAACAUGACCACCAAGAAUGGACUUAUAACUGAUUCAUUCAAGGUGGUGAAGAAGGCAAGAAAAGUGGCAAAGCGGGAUGAGACGCUAGCUCCUCCACCACAGAAUGCUGAAACUUCAAUACGUCAACAUGAAGAGCAACAGAAACUGAUACAGUUUGACCUGGACUGGAGAUUUGGGCCUAGUACAGGUAUCAGCAGGCUUCAAAGAUGGGACCGGGCAAAACUUCAUGGUUUGAAUCCACCGGAGGACAUCAGAGAACUGCUGCUCUUAAAACAAAAUAAUCAAGAGUACAAGCUGAGUUUGUGGAGCCAAUAUCCUCUGUGAUGAUGAAUCAAGACGAGGAAAACCUGAGCAUCAAGGAUUACUCGAUUUGUAUGUUUUGGCCACAGUGGUACCUCUACUUACUAACGUCUCUUCAUUUGAAAUUUUCAAGUUCCGAAAUGCCUCAAUAUGAAAAUAUUGCCCCUUGUUACGAAAGAAAUUUCAAGAUACGAACGGUAAAAAUAUAGUAAGGCCUGCCACUCGCAGCUCUGAGUUUCCUGAACGCAACAUUCUUAUAGCUGCUCUGCCAUUGGCUAUUAACAUGCAUCAUCCUGGCAUCCCAUUGGCUAAAAGGGAAUUCGACCGUAUGUGUUUAUGUGUGUAGAUAGAUCGGUAUGUGUCCAUGCAGCAUUCUCGUCUAUUCUAUGCCUCUUGAGGCAUAAGUC